UUGAGCGCCACCGACACUCUGAGGGAGGAUCACCGGCAGAUUCGCAGGCUGGGAAAGGUUGUAGAUGUCUGCCAGAGGAGGCUGUAUGCAGGCGGGGAUGUCCCGCUGGAGGACAUACGCAGAAUUACCGUCGUCAUCGCAGAGUUUUUGGAUGCGGUACACUACUCGCGGGAGGAGAACUCGUACUUUGCCUGCGUUGCCGGGUACGGCACCCUGCAGGAGGAGAUCAGAAAGUUCAUGAUCGAGCACGAGUUCGGCAGAAGGAUAGCUAGGAGCAUAACGAUACACCUGAACCGAUGGGGGCAGGGACACGACUCCAGAGAGCCCGUGGCCCGGUUUCUGAGAACCUACUCGAUAUACCUAGCAGACCACCUGUCAAAGGAGGAUGCGUUCUUUGAUGCGGCCUCAGAGUCCGUCCUCCAGCCCGAGGAGGAGCGGGAGAUGUACGAGCAGUUUCGUGCUGUGGUGGCCGUCUCCAGAAAGAUGGACGCGAUGGUGCGGGAGAUAGACCACCUUGAGCGGCAGCCGUGGUGUUCAGAAAGCUCUUAA